AAAAAGCAAAAUAAAAAAUAAAAUUUAUUUGAUUUUAAGAUUUUUGCCAAUAAAACGAAAAUGUCCAAUACUCCGCCUAGAGGUUCCCUAUUCGCCGAGGGACGACGCUAUUCAAAAAGUCCAUUGGAUAUGCCAGUGGAUCAUAGGCGCACCACCAUUUACUCUCAGGGUAUAGUAAAAGCUGAACGCUAUUCUCUUGAUGAAGAUGUGCCCAUUACCAGCAAAACUUGCCCACAGUCGAACCAAGAAUAUGGUCUGUAUUUCAAAAAGUUGGCUAUUGAAAAAGAAAAACUGCCCCAUUUUGAUUAUCCUAUUGAGACUGAAAGAUGGCUGACGCUGACAAGGAAAAAUGGUAAACUACAUAAAUUUCCCUUUGGGGCGGUAUUGCCAAAAGUUCAUCUGGAAAAAAGACCUCGGGCCAAGCAAUUGCCCCGAGAUGUGGCUACGGAACGACGCAGAUUUCUAUACAGUAGAGUAAAUCUGAAAGAAGAACUGCAAAAUGAAGGGGUCUCCUGUAUAGAGCUCUUACCCACCGAAGAACAAUACUAUAUGCUAUCCGAGAAUGCUUUUGAACAUUUUCUGCCCUUGAGCUUUUUUGAUGACACGGAUUUUGAUGGUCAUUCCCCUAAGGCAUGGCUAAAGUUGGGUGAGGUGGCCGAAGAGCAACAGAUAUAUCCUUUGCCAGCUAAGGCAUUUCUACCGAUCAAUCAAAGCCUCAUGGAGUACGAGUGGCAAGAUGCUGCCGUAAGUGGUUACGAGAGUGGCUCUGGUAAGUGGAGUGCUAUGGUUUUGGCUGAUGAGCGCGUUUACCAAGUGCCCAAGAUUCAAAUAAUGUUUUUGGCUGAAAAUCCUUGGAUCUUUGUGAAACGCUUGAAACUCGCUAUUGCCGAACGCAACAAAGCCGAGACAUUGCUAAUGAUGAAAUCUCUGGUGGAUUGUUUUCUACUGCUGGACAUAAAGAAAGACCAGUGCUAUACAAACGAAUUAGUCGAUAGGCUCAUGGCAAAGGUGGCUAUCAACGAAGGUGUAUUUUAUCAAGAACUACGCUUGGAGAUAUGUUUAUUAGAGGAACGUUUAAAGGCUUGUGAUGAACUGAAGCAAUUAGUUAAAUUGACUCCCGAUGUAUAUGCAAAAUUUUCGGAGAAUAUUAUCAGAAGUUAUUUGCCUAAACAUUUUCCUGCGCUUACCACAACUAAGGAGAGAUCAAUUAUCCAUCAAAUGGAAAUACAAAUAGCUGAACGAAAACACAGUGUGCUGACCUAUUCCCUUUAUUAUACGCAAGGAGGCAUUAUUGCCAUGUCCCAUGUUGCCACAGAAUGUUUGUUCAUAGAAUCCAUGAACCUUUUUGUUUGCAACCCCACCAAGGCUAUGCCGCUGUCUGAAUUUCUCACUGUUCAACAGCAGCAAAGUACUCAAGUGUCCAACUAUUUGAAGCAAACCUGGCCCACUAAGAUUGCCUUCGGCAUAACCAGUGUUCUACAGGUGGUGGGCGGGUGGUUGGACAUAAAUCUCCACCUAUGGAGUGUCUAUGAAAUGUGCAAGAUAUUUCGCUUCUUAAUACAAGUCAAAUUUCGCAUGCAAGAUUCCAUGCAAGUACUGCUAGAAACAUCCAUAGAUCACUUUGUCUAUCUGCUAAGUGAUCCCUGCUUGCCAUUUCUGUCGUUGGCCCAGGACUAUCAUUGGACCAGUGAUUUUAUAAAUUCCGAAUUUCCUUAUGCCAAGGCCAUAUUUUCUUUGGUGAUCUCGGUGAAUGAGAACAAAGAGGUGAUAUAUUCCACCCAACCUGAAGAAUUUGCUUCCGCCUUAAAAGAGGUAUUCAAAAAGUCUUUGGAAAAGACCAGCGGUGUGAGGCGCAUCGAUGCUGAAACCAUGACCAAUCUACAGUUUGCUCCCGAUCUUUUUAUACUCACCGUCGAGACUGUAGAAGAUCUAUUUGUGCGUUGCAAUGAUCUUCUCCAUCAGUGUUAUACGAAAGGCAUAGUCCCUCUGCGUUCCUAUGCCCAUAAAUAUGAUCGCUUUGUGGAUUUCUAUUUGCUACAAGUGUCCUCUUAUAUGUCAGAGUAUAGGGCUGCCCAAAAGCCCUCCAUGCAAGUAAAAUUGGAUGUAUUGGAGCAUAAACGUUGCAAGGAAGAGAUGCGUGCCAUUCUUCCCUCCUCCAUUACCAUUGGACCCUUUCUGGUUAUUGUGGAACCCAUGAAACAGUACAUGAUACGCAAACGCAUAGAAAUCGUUAGACUCAUCUUGGCCUACUAUGUGGAACGCAUGUAUGACAUCAAUGAGGCUUUACUCGAGCGAUGCCAAAACAUCUACAAUCGCAUUGAUGCUAGGCCUCAGAGUAUAGAACAUCUGUUUGAAAUACGUGACUUUGCCUCCACCAUACCCGAGCUAGUGGAGCAACUGAGUGGUGAUAUACAAGUUAUGUGGAUUGAAUACGAAAUGCUGGAUGGCUUCUUCUAUAAUUUGCCCGAUCAUCAAUUUGCCAUGAAAUGGGAGGCCUAUGCCUGGCCCAAGAAUAUAAAUGACCGUUUAAAUUCGCUAUGGGCUGAACAGGAGUUGGAUGUUCAAGAGUUCAAACGUUUACAUUUGAGUGAGUGCAUUGACUUCAAGGAACGUCUAGAAUCUCUUAAGGAUGAAAUUGAACAGUUUUCUUUGAAGUUUGAUGUGAAAAAGGUCAUGGAGAUUACGGUGGAGAUCAAGAAAACCUGGAAAACUAUUCAAGACUUCCAAAAACUUGGCGAAAUUCUGCGCUACCGCCAAGAACUGUUCGAAUUAGAGGAAUUCUCUUUGGAAAAUCUUAACAAUACCAUAAAAGAUUUUUUGCCAUAUAAAAAUUUAUGGUAUGCCUGUCAUGAUCUUGUGAAACUAGAGGAAGCCACUAUUGGAAAUCCUCUGGUCAAUAUUGAACUCGGCGAUGUUGGAGAAUCCAUAGAGGCCAUUACGAAUUCAUUGCAUAAAUCAUUGAAUGAGUUUAACCAGAAACCUGACAUUCAAAAUGUGGCCUAUUAUUUUCUCCAGGUUAUGGAUGAGUUUUUGCCAAAGUAUAAUGCCAUCAAAAAUUUGAAAAACGACAAUUGGAUCUAUAUGCACUGGCAAGAGUUGGGCCAGCGUUCGGGCAUGGACAUCAAGUACUCCAUGGCUAUGAAUUUUCACUAUUGUAUGCGUAAGGGUAUAAUGGAUCAUCUGGAGCUGGUUCAUGAGAUAUCGGAGAAGGCUACAAAUGAGGCAGAUGCUAUACGCAAGGCACAGGAGGAAGAGGAAAGACGUAAAGAGGAGGAAAGACAGGCCAUAUUAAUGCGUAAAGCUAUGAUGAAAUGUCGCAGAGAUAUUUUAUAAAUGGCUAAAUCUUAUGGUACUUGUUUAAAUCGAUUUAAAAAUAAAAUAAAUAAUUAUAUAUUACACUGUGGAGCCUUAAA